AUGGAGCGAGGGGCCGAGAUCAACCUGGAAGACGCGGUUCCCGGCACCAGGAUUCACCUUCGGGAGGAUUUGAGGAGGAUGCGGUGGACAGUGCUGCUGUGCCUGCUCUCCGUGCUGCUCCUGGCGCUGCCCAUUGCCUACCUGCUGGCUGGAAACCUCCGAGCUCCCAGCUCCUGCUCCAGCCAGGUCUCACAAGAGAGGGGCUCUCGCUUUCUGAAGCAACGAGCAGUAGCUACUGUUACAGAUACACUUUCCAGUGCAGAAAAACCAAGAGCACACCUGACAGUGAAGAAGCAAGAUCUUGUCACCACCGUGGGAAACCACCUGCCCAUCCUGCAGUGGGAGGACAAACGAGGCUUGGCCUUCACCAAGAACAACCUGAGUUAUUCCAGCAACGCACUGGUGAUACCUGUGUCUGGGGACUACUAUGUCUAUGCUCAGGUCACGUUCCGAGGGCCUAUUGAAAGUUGCAGUAAAACAAAUUCUGUCACUGAGAUCAUCACCAAAGUCACUGACAGUUACCCUGAGCCCACCCAGCUGCUGACUGGCACCAAGACCCUCAGUGAAAAGGGAAACAGCUGGUUCCAGCCCAUUUAUCUGGGUGCCGUGGUAUCCUUAGAAGUAGGAGACAAGCUCAUGGUCAAUGUUAGUGACAUCAAGCUGGUGGAUUACACCAAGGAGCACAAAACUUACUUUGGUGCCUUUUUACUGUAGGUUCCUGGCAGCAGCUGGUGGGGCCUUGGUGUGACCUCUCUGGACCUUGGCUUUGCGGGUGCGUGCUGGGGUGUGAUCUCUGUUCUGCUACCCUCCCUCUGUGCUGCACCUCCCCUGCAGCCUUAAACUAGGAGGGAGGGAAAGCUGAAACUUCAGGCUGAAUUGAAACAAACUAAACCAACAAACCAAAAAAAAAACACCAAACAACUCAAACAAAAAGAAAAACUGAAGCCCGAUGGAAAGGAAAGAAUAUUUUUAAAAUUAAAAGCUGAGAGGUCUUCAAACCUUUGCAAUCUAGGAAGGAACAGUUUAUACCUGUGGGUGGGAAUAUUGAUCUUGAAUAUUGCAGCUAGGCCAUAGCACUCAUUGUACCUCCAAUGUACAAUUGCCUCAGCUCAAAAAAAAAAAAAAGUGGUUUGAACUUUCUCCAGAACUUCCAGUUCAGCUCUGCAUGACCCUUCCUCAGGUUCUUGGUUCUAACAGGUAAUUACUUCUCAUCUUUUCCUCACAAAUAGAUUGCUCAGUACUUUGCACUAACAUAAAGCACAGAUUAAUCAUUAACUACCUAAUUAAUCCCUUCCAACUUCCCUGUAGAUUAAAAUUACAUUUUGUGUUUUGCAGAAGCUACUUGAACAUAUUUUAAUUAUUUUUUUUUCCCCCCAAGAAAUUGUUGACAGCUCUUUCAGUCAUUAUGCAGCCUCCAACCUUGGUGUAAAAUUUCUAGGGAAGACACAAAAGGACUUUCUGUUUCAGCAUGAAAGUGGAAUCUCCCCACCAGAACUUAACUGAGGAAAUCAGAAAAGGAAAGGCAGAGAGAGACACACAGCAGAAAUUUUCCACACUUUUCAAAUUAACCACUGAAACUUUGAGACAAAACCUCUGCAAUAUUUUACUUUCCAAUGUGUUUCAUGCAAAGCAAGAGCAACCAAAGAAAUCCCUGGUUUUGUGCUCCUUUUUGCAACCAUUGCCAAUGCUGCAGUGGCCCCCCCAACCACCAGGGACUGCCCAGCUUUUCCCUGGGCCAAUGUUGGCAUCCAGUCCCUACUCAAGGUCAGAAGAUCCAAAGACAUGAUCUUGGUGUGACAAAGCCAGGAAUGUUUCACUUCCCACCUUGCACUUAUUAUUUUCCUAGUCCUUACUGUCUCUCUCAGGGAAAUUCCCCAGCUUUCCUUCUCCUCCCACAACAAAUCCAUCACUGACAGUGACUCAGUCUGUGUUCUCAUAGAUCUGGACUUUACACUCUUAACUACUGGGAGGUCCCAGCACCCACCACCCAGCCCUUCUGCAAGGACCAGGCUUCACUCUCUGCAAAUCCCUUUCUUUCCUGCAUCACCUGAUUGUUUCUUCUCCAGUUUCCACUUCUUGGCUAGAAGUGACAGCAAGGCUUGGUUACUCAGUUAACACCUGCUUUCAAAGCCAUGGUGGGGCCCCAAACCACCCUGUUAGUGUCAGGGAGGCACUGGGGUUGGGGGGUUGGGAGCUGAAGAGCUCAAAUAGGCAGAGAAGUUCUCUGGUGGAGACAGCCAAGCUAUAAAAGACCAUUCUACAGUCCAGCCACCAGCAAGACCAGGCUGCUUCAUUCACAGCAAACCUCUAGCCAGCUACAGCAAAUUUAUUGUUACAUAAAGAUUUGUUUGAGCUGACAGGACUGAGUCAGUAUCAGAGCUGAAGUGCAGAGGAAGGCCAGGGAAGGCUGGGGGUGAAGGGAGGAGAGGAGCAGAGUAGGAGGUAGGAGAUCCAGGCAACACUAGGACCUCUGCCUCUUCAUGGCUUGGUGUAAGCACCUUCAUGCUUUAUACCUCUUAAACUAGGUCUUUUAUGGAGUAAAUCAUCUCAGAUGGUCUUUUGGCCAUCCUUUCCUAUUCUGCAGGACAGUUUGACUUCCCAUCCUUACUUUGACUUCUCCUUCCAUUUCCCCACGUCCACGUCUCAGCUGUCCUCUUGAUCCCUUCCUCCCACAGGCACCUUCCUGCCUUCUUGGCCCUGCCCAUCACGUAUAAAGACACUUCUCCAUUCAAAUCUAAUUUUCUACCUGCAACUUCUCUUUCACAAUCACCCCAGUGCACAGAGCAAACUGACACCAGAAAUGAUGGCCAGGAAGUGAAGGUACUGAUCCUACUGGCAGGUGCAGUCUUGACCAAAACGUUCUCUUGUGCCUUUAUUAGGUAGAUUCACCUCCACCUUUAGGUCCUUACUCCUCUGUUUCCUCCUCUUGUUCAGCAUUUUAAGCUGAGACAGGAGCAGAAAUUCCCCCUGUAUCCAUUCAGUCCCUUGCACAUAUGACCCGGCCAUGGUGCUCCCCAGAAAAGGUGUCUGCUCAUUCAGCUCCUUGGCAGGGCUGUUCUUGCUGCUCAGAACCCCCCACACCAGGGUAAAACCUGCUGAAAUCUGGGGAGAUCUUGCUCUCUUGGCAGCUCAAGACAAGAUUAUCCUCUAGGAAACCCUAAGUUUUUCCAUAGCUCUGAUUUUCUAGAGUGUUCUCUCAACAGCAGACAUUGAGUCCUUCUGAGCUGUGUGCCCAAAAUAGGAUCUGAACUCAGGAAAACAUGAGAUUUGCAGCUCUUGCAGACCACCACAUCUAGCACUUUAGGUGAAAAGCACAGGAAUCAGCUUGGUUAAUCUCAUAAAGGGAAAACUUUAAAGUGACCUGUCCAGGACAGGUGAUUCUCUGCAGCUGGGUAGGAAAGCAUCUGUGAAGUGUCAUAUAGGAUGAAGUUGGUUUAUCCUUGGAGAAAACUGGAGUGCCAAUUCUAGCUGAUGCAGUUUCAGCAAUCCAGGAAGCUCUUUAUUUCUGCACAUCAGGUGAUGGAGCAUUCCUCUGAGGCCAUAACACAACCCUGACAGGUUCCUACAGCCGAUUUCCAUAGAAACUGCUCCUAAAGUCAUCAUCACUCAAUGCCUGGUGCACUGAAGGAUGGUGAAUAAGAGGUCUGGGGGAGAGAAGUGGUGAGUGCAGUAUGUGGCAGACCAGAAAAGAGCCUUCUGUAGAAUAUACACACAUAGAUCUCUAAACAUAUCGUUGUGUUUGUUCCACUGAAGCUCUAGGAAGCCCUUUGGUGACGCUGAACCUUUUCUACCACGAGACACAUAACUUGUGACCACUCUUCCCUGAUGAGAAAUUUCUCAAGCACAAACUUGCCUGCUGCAGCUGCCUGACAGUGUGAAUCUCUUAAUCCCUUAUCCAUGGCACCAAACUAUUUAUUUUAGUCCAGCUAGAGCAAACAUUUGCAGCCUGUUACACGUAUCAGCUUGUAGCACAUUUAGCACACUAGUACAUGUUAUGUGACACGAAGUAAUAUCUCUGGCAUUACUUGUUUUAAAGUGGUGCAGGAACACAAAUCCACACAUCUACCCUAAAGGAGAUUCUCUUCCUCCCUUCUUUUAUCUGUUGUUUAUCAGAUAUUACUCCACAGAAGUCGAUGGCACGGAGUCAGAGUGAAGCCACUUAAGUGAGACCAAGGUCAAGCUUAAAGGGAAGAGAAUCCAAGCUGUGGAUUCUCAGAUAUUUCCAGAGCUAAAUAAGGACAGAAGUGUUCUCAGAAAUUUGGGGUUUAUUGAAUUAGAAAUGUUUCUUUCACGUCAAUAAUUUCUGGAGAUGUGCAAAAUGCAUAUGCAUCAGCAUUUUUCAUUGAAUGAGAACAUGAUGAAAUCUGGUCAUGUGAACAAGUGACCUUUCAGUCUGUGGUCAAACUGAAAGCAUGUUUUGGUUUGGGUGGAUAUGAAACUAAAACAGUUAUAAAGAAAAAAAGAAAUCUAAGCUGGAGGAAAAGGGUGAAACAAGCAGCUCCUGCUAAAGGAAUACUAGUUCAGUUUUGAGCCUUGCAUUUCUUAGGGGGAAAAAGAAAAAACACUUUUCAGAACAAAGCUAUUGAAAAAAGUAAAAUAUUCUUAUUUAAAAAAAAUAUAUAUUAAUUCUGAUUGAAAUAUUUUAGUUCUUAGGAAUUCUCUUCUUCCCUAAUCUGCUUGAUCCCAAGAAACUAACACUAAAUAUAACCCACUUUCAUAAAAAGGCUGGCUUACCUACUGCUUCCCUUCCCCUUAAAAACUAUUAGUAAAUAAGCAUUAAUUUUCUCUCCUUAUACACACAGAAGUGAAUUUAAAUCAAACUACAAGAACCACAGCUCCAAUCUUACCAACAUACACUUGUGCUUAGUCCUGAGCAUGUGGGUAACAUGGAAUUGUUGUCAAAGCAAGCUCAGUUUUCCUAUUUGGUGUAUGGGAGGAGUAAAGUCUACAUUGCUCAGAUUCAAAGCAGAGGAAAUGUUCUCCUCGUGCUUACCCUCAGCUCCACCAUUAUGGGAACAACCUUCCAAAUCAAGGAAUGCUUACAUGGACCAUCUCCAGCACACGUAUGUUGGCAGGAUUAGGGUCUAGAGGUGGGAAGCUGAAGGUCUCAUUCCUUAGCAAACGUAAUUCAAAUGGUGCAAAAGAUGCUUUGGAGAUGGUUUGGGACUUAAGGGUUCAGUGGAUUUGAGGAAGAGCAGAUCCCUGGACAUUGCCAGGCUCUGCUGAACCACAGCACAGACCAGGUGGAACGGGCUAAGGUGUUGACUGGAGAUUUUCAACCCAGAUCUUUCAGAAUUUUGAAGGAGUUUAAGUUUUUCACCUCCGUAUGGUAUAACUGACCACACUGUGCUGGGCUUAUUAAUCUCCUGAGUGGCCCAUCAUUUCAGAUAAGAAAUGAGGAGAAAAUUCAUUCUUUAGAAGAAUCAGAACAUAUCAAGAGUUUUUGCCCAGAUCUGGGUAUAAGACACCAGUAUAGCAUUUUGCUAUUGUAAGGAAUUUUAUGUGACUGUAUAUUGUCCUAUACUUCAUACUGAUGUGUGCCUUGACCAGUAGAACUGACUUAGCUUCUUGUUUCCAAGUUUUAUGAUAAUAAAAUACAAGUUCACUAACGUGACAAGUUCUGAUCCUGGUCCCCUUCCAAAAACACUAACAAACAGAACACUUUGAAGAGCUCAGCUAAUGCAACCAGACAAUGCUGAUGUAGCAAAACCCCGAUUUUGUUAGGUGUUAACCUGUGAAUGAUCAUUAUUUUAUGCACAGUUAGAUGUCCCUCACCAGAAUGAGCUCAGAUUCAAACUUUCCCCCAGGUGCUUUAGAAGCUUACAUUUCAAAUUGCAAAAAUGUAAAGGUUGAGCAGAUUUUCAGUCCCUUUUCCCUUUUGCUGCAGGGAGAGCAGCUGGUUCCCUAUUUUUGUUCUUUUCACAGCCUAGCUUGGAAAAGAAAGCCCUACAGAAAAAGCAGUGCUCAUCAGAAACUGCAUCCUAGCUGUGCUUCCAGCCUGCUGAGUUGAGGAGCAGUGCUCCCCACUGAGCACCCAAGGGAGACAGGAACCACAUCAAGCCACCUUUGAAAAUCAAUACCUGGCCAAAAAGCCAAGUUUGACUUUUCUACAACCAUCCAUACAACUCUGGCAGUUUGGGAAUUGCCCAGCUCCUGAUUGCCAGGCACAAUCCAGCUUGGAAAUUUUGGCCAACUGAGGGUCAAAGCCUGGUUUGAAGGCAGCAGAGCUCUGGGAACACUUAUCCCUGUUCUACCUUGAGCUCUGCUGUCCUCACACUUUCAUCAGAACAUUCAGAGGACGUGGAUUCCUUAUCUUGCUUAGUGUUGUCAUCAAUUCCUUUGCUGCCAAAAUUGCAAACUCCUUCUCUUUCCACCUGCAGAACUAAGAAACAUUCUCCCAUUGGGCAUAUUAUUUUGCAUUUCUACAAUUUGUUGUUUUCCUGGCUUGAGCUCAGAGGAUCCUCUUUGAAUUUCCUCAGAAAAGUUUCUGGUUAAGAGCUUCAUGCUCUGGAUCAAGAAAUGUUUUCACUUGAAAUCUCUGAGGAAGGACAUGUUUCCCCUGGUUUCCAUCCACUUGCAAAUACCUGAGAUGCUUUGUUAGACCUCUGUAGAUAAGCUGAGGUUAAUUAGACAAGAGGAAUCAAACUGCUUUCUUCUUUAACCCCCAAAAGAUAUAUAUUUUUAUUUUUUUUAAAUGCAAUAGCUACCUCAAGUUUAAAAGAAUAGGGAAAACAAAUUAUAUUUUUAUUAUUAUUAUUAUUUUCUAGUUUAACUUGAGCUAAGCAGAAUUCACUUGUUUUAUGGCCAUUUUAAUCCAUGCUUUGCACAUGUAGCUUAAGAUCUUCUUUGUGGUCUAAAUACACUGGUAACUACACUCCCCCCUCCCCUUUAUGAUGCUUCAUUUUACCUACAUUUAAUUACAUAGAAAGUGUCUGUUCUUAAUAAACUUCUUGGCUCCCUCUCUAGUGGGGCAGAGGAAGAGAUGCACAAUUCUGAAAGGCUUUGCAUGCUAGGGAGGGUGGUGGUAAGAGGUGUUUCUCUCCCAGGGCUGCAGGGGAGUACUUAUAUUUGCAUUUUUCUAAGCUAAAUGCAAGUCAGAUGGUAGCAGCAGCACUCAGUGAAAGUGGUUAUAGCCCUGCACUCCUGAUGCUUUCACACUUCAAAGCCCUGCACACUUGGAUGUCUGGUUGAAGCUCCCAACUACUGCCUGGGCAGAACCCCCUGGGGUUUAACAUUAACACACGUAUACCUGGGCACAAAGCUUCAAGGAAAGAAUGUCACUUGCAUGUGACAAAGUUGUUACUCCAUGAAAUUCACCCUGCAGAGUAGAACUCUACCUGUGAGCAGUUAACUUUCCCAGCUUUCAUCUCUUGGCCAAGAUGCCCAACCACAGGUGGGGCUGCUACUUGCUUGUAUGAAGUCCCCUUUUCCAAGCUGGGGACAAGAUCAAUGUCCCAGUCAAUGUUCCAGCUCUUGGGAAGAACUUUGAAGGACCAUGGUUUCUAAAACACCCUCAGCAUCACUGCUCAGUUUCUUCUUGAGACCUGGUGCCAAAGCCAGGCAUGAAUCCCUUCAACAGUGCAAAAACCAGGAGCCCAGUUUGUCAACAGUGACAGCUCCCAAUUCCUUUUGCCUUCUAAGUGUUAUUGUUAAAUCCUUUGGAACAGCAGGAAAGAUGUUGCCUGGGAAGUUAUAACCUGAUUUAUUGAGCAUCAGAAGUCAGCAAUGUUUGGGUGUUUUGCUGAAUUAUGAACUACCCUUGUUUCCAAAUGCUGUGCUCUUUCAUUGAUUGUAGAGUUUUAUAUUAAAACGUCAAAAAAGGCACUGAAAAUGUUUGUUGCAUAUUUAUUGGUACUGUACAUACAGAUGUCUUGAGUCUAUGUAAGAUAAAUUGUAAAACUCAUGGUAUCAAGUUUAGAUCCAUUCUACUUAACAGCUAUUUCUUUUAGAAAAUAGCUCUGAUGCCUUCUGACAAUGUUUGUAAAUCGUUCUUAAAAACAGGCUUUGUGCCUCAAAGUGAGAAAUAAAAGCAUUACAUUUGAA